AUAAGGAAGUAACUCGCCAAAAAGUCAAAAUAAAACAGUUGAUUUUAGGCUACUCAGGAAGACAGUAGAGGGCCAUAUGCGGAUGUAAUUAAAUACUGAAAGGCGUUUGACGCAUGUGUGCGCCACACAUGGAGAGGGUUUCCCCAUACAACAAUCUACCGUCAGCAUUUUGAUAGCGGCCGGCGAUGAUUGCCAGAGGCAUUUUCUCGUACAACUCAAGGAAUAUGCUUAGGAAGAAUAGGAUAGCUUAUUACUGUUACUUUGUUUCAGUACGACAAAAUAGAUAUACAACUGUAGACUUUUUAAAUGACUAGAUUUGAGGGAGAGCGCUUCAACUGAUUUAUUUGGGUAUAUCCAAGUCUGUUGCGCUUCAAGUCGCACGUUUACACACCACCACCAAAUGCCGAAGGAGAGGAGAAAGACCUCCAAGGAGGCUGGACUUUCUGGGGCUAGGAUCAACAGCGAGCGCAAAAACAGCCGCAGAUCAACAGAGAUCUGCGAUGAACUCUCUCAGAUGGCGGAUCAAGUGGUCGGCCCAUCGGCAGAGCAACCUUUUCUAAGCUCAGCACAAGCGGAGACGAUUAUAGAAGUGCGCCGAGUACCGCAAGUCACUAUCACACCGGAGGCAGGUGGUUGCUCCCGAGAGAUGCAGCAAGAGGACUGGGGGGACGUGGACGGCCCGCUGCGACGGAAGAUGUCCAACUCCUCCAUCUCCUCAACAGGGUCGUCACUGGUGGAGUCCGAGGACGAUGUCCUCAGCGACAACGAGACGAAGAGCAGAGGCAUCAUCACGCUUGAUCACCUAGGGGACACGGGGGAACACAGCCGACCAUGGUGGAAGAUAAAGACCAUCGUUCAAUGGCCCUUAGUGGCCUCCCAGAGGAAACGACUGUCCUGGGUGCAGCUAGCUGGACAUAAAGGCAGUUUCAAGGCUGGCGAUGACGGCACCAUUCUGAAGAAGUUCUCGGAGAACGAGAAGCUGUGUUUUGAGCGUCUCCGUGGUGACGUGCUGCAGGCGUUUGUUCCAGGGUACCACGGGGUGGUGAUGAAAGAUGGAGAGACCUUCCUUCACAUGACCGACCUGCUGGCCUCCUUCGACCUGCCCAGCGUCAUGGACUGCAAGAUAGGAGUGAGGACGUACCUGGAAGAUGAGUUGGUGCGAGCACGGGAGCGCCCCAAGCUACGGAGGGACCUGUAUGAGAAGAUGCUGGAGGUGGACCCAGAGGCCCCAACCACCCAGGAAGCCCAGCAGAGGGCAGUCACCAAGCCCCGCUACAUGCAGUGGAGAGAGACUCUCAGCUCCACACACACUCUGGGCUUCAGGAUAGAGGGUAUCAAGAAAGCUGAUGGGACAUGCUGCACCACCUUCAAAAAGACGCGGACUUCGGAGGACGUCACCAAAGUCUUCAGGGAAUUUGUGGGAGACAACACACACAUCAGUGACACAUAUUUAAGCAGACUGACUGAGAUACAGCAAGCUCUCAAGACAUCCGAGUUCUUUAAACAACAUGAGGUCAUUGGCAGUUCUUUACUCUUUAUCCACGACCACACUGAACAAGCUCAGGUGUGGCUUAUUGACUUCGGCAAGACCACGGCGCUACCAGAGGGCCACACGCUCAACCACCAUGUUCCCUGGCAGGAAGGCAACCGUGAAGAUGGCUACCUGUUGGGCCUGGACAACCUUAUCCUCACCCUGGGCUCUGUCAACACAGCAGGUGCCAAGGAUGAGGGCACCAGCGCUCAGGGAUCGGUGACUAGUAAAAAAUACUAGUUACAGGAAAAAAAGCCUAGUGAAUGAACGAGUGAAGUUCGUGAAUUGACACGUAGUGUGACACGAGAGAUGACUCCUGUGGAACAAACGUCUGGCAGGGCAGAGCACAUGUCUACCACUGAAGCUGAUCAAGCUGUACCAAUCAGAAACCAUCCAGAUCCAUCCAAAACUGGGACUAUGACUGAAACCUUUGGCAGACCACUGUAUGUAUCUGCCCUAGCACAACUCUUGUCUCUGUGUCCUCUGGAAGGAAUGAGGUUAAAAAAGUGGUUGCGGUUGUAUUGUCCACUGACCACUGAACUUCUCUAACAUGGCCAAGCCCUGGAUUCUUGUUCUUUUUAUCUAUUUAAGGGUUCCCUUUUUAUCAGCAUUGAGUAUAUGCCCAGGAAGCCUUUUAUUAUGACUCAUAUGCCUAGUAAGACUCAAAGACUACAAACUUAACCGAAAAUA